AGAAAACUAUUGUUUCUUUUUAAUAGAACAAGUGUUUUCGUAUUUUGAAUUUACAUUGUAUUCAACCAUAAAGCCACCGAGGCGCAGAGUGUGAAACAUCGCAGGGGAACGCUACUGUUGCCCGGCCAACCUCACACAAACAUGAGAGGAGGGGGGGGGGGUCAUCCGCAGGUGUAACGUCCGCUUUGAUUGCUUAAAACUUGAAGCGUCGUAAGUUACCCUGCUUUGCUCUGGACGUGUUUGUAGCUUUAAUACACAGCCGGUCGUGGUCUUCAGAGACGCCUACCUACCACGAGCAGGACCUGCUUGAUGGAUCCACCCUUGCGAGGCAGCUGAAGGUUAAACACAGGAGGAUCUUCCGUAGGAAUCGGUCAUUUCGAGGAUGAUAACCUGUUUGUGGGCUCAGCGACAGAGGCAUCAAUGGAAAUUGGAGUGAGGGGAGACGCAACUGAAUAAAAAAAGGAAGAAAGCGAUGUACGGUAGCCCGGAGCUGACCUCCAGCAGUCGCCCCCGGUGGAUUUGUCAGCUCAGCGACAUGCUUUCGGUGUGAGGAUGAAGAGGAAUCUGUUUUUGGAAAGGGGAUUACUGUGAGGUCGGGAGACAUUUUCUUUUAAAUGAGGCAAAAUCCAGGAUGUUCUGGGAUGCUACAAGAAAAGCACCUACUACAAUGAAAGAAGACUUUGCUGACUGACACAAAGAGCAGCUCCAUUCAUUGGGGCCUCAUGUUCAUGGUACGCAUACAGAGGUUACACCUCUUGUGGAUUUGUAUUGCUUUAAUCUUCAACGCUGACAUUGAAAAUGGACUUAAUUGCCUCUCAUGUUGAGCUUUAAGACGAAGUCCUGCAUGUCUUCAGGGCUAUCUAGCGGUUGUCUUGGUGACGAUAAAGCCAUCAGACUGAGCCGCUGUGAAGAAAUGUCAAACAUUAGGAUGCGAGCACCUGUUGGGACAGGAUUUAUGAAUGACCGGUUUUCAAAAACUGCAAAAAUCGACUGCAAACAACGAGUUCCUGUCUCCUUUUCUACCCUUCUCGUCCCUAUCGUCCUGCUCCUCUUCUCUGUGGUUACGCCCGCUGUGUCAAUUCAUAUGGACUCCAUGGAAAGCCACAGUGAGUUUAGCUGUGAGCCCAUCAGACUGAGAAUGUGCCAGGAUCUGCCUUACAACACCACCUUCAUGCCCAAUCUACUGAAUCACUAUGACCAGCAGACGGCUGCACUGGCCAUGGAGCCUUUCCAUCCCAUUGUGAACCUGGUUUGCAGUGCUGACCUGAGGAUGUUCCUGUGUGCUCUGUACGCUCCGGUGUGCACGGUGUACGGACAGGUGUCCCUGCCAUGUCGAUCCCUCUGCCAGCAGGCCAAGGAUGAGUGCCACAAACUCAUGGAGGUAUUUGGAUUAGACUGGCCGGACGACAUGGAAUGUAACAGGUUCCCAGAUUGUGAUGAGCCGUAUCCUCGCCCAGAGGACCUCCUAACAGGCACAGAUACCACCGACCAGUCGUCCAUGACUGUCCAGAGAGAUUACGGUUUCUGGUGCCCCAGAGAGCUAAAGGUCGACCCAGACCUGGGCUACACAUUCAUGGGCAAAAAGGACUGUUCUGCCCCAUGUCCCUCAAUGUUUUUCAGCAAGCAGGAGCUCACUUUUAUCCGCUACUUCAUAGGAGUUGUCUCCAUUGUCUGUCUGUCGGCAACUCUCUUCACCUUCCUGACGUUUCUCAUCGACGUUACCAGGUUCCGAUACCCCGAAAGGCCAAUAAUCUUCUACGCCGUGUGCUAUGUCAUGGUGUCACUGGUUUUCUUUCUGGGCUUCCUGUUGGAAGACAGGGUUGCGUGCAAUGCAGUCAGCCAUUCCCAGUUCAGAGCUCCAACCAUAACACAGGGCUCACACAACAAGGUAUGCACGCUGUUCUUCAUGGUCCUAUAUUUCUUCACCAUGGCCGGCAGUGUAUGGUGGGUCAUACUGACCAUCACUUGGUUCCUGGCCGCUGUGCCUAAAUGGGGCAGUGAGGCCAUUGAGAAGAAAGCCCUCCUCUUCCAUGCCGUUGCCUGGGGGGUCCCAGGGGCCCUGACUGUCACCCUGUUGGCCUUGAACAAAAUUGAAGGAGAUGGGAUCAGUGGAGUGUGUUUCAUAGGGCUGUAUGACAUGGACGCCCUGAGGUGGUUUGUUCUGGCGCCGCUCUGCCUCAACGUGGCGGUGGGUGUCUCUCUCCUGUUGGUCGGGAUUGUGGCUCUGAAUCGGGUGCGAAUGGAGAUCCCUCUGGAGAAGGAGAACCAGACCAAAUUGGUCAAGUUCAUGAUCCGAAUGGCAGUGUUCUCUGUGCUCUACCUGGUUCCCUUGUUGACCGUGAUCGGGUGCUACCUGUACGAACACACCUACCGGAACAAUUGGGAGACAACAUGGAUGGAGGAGAACUGCAAGCACUAUCACAUCCCCUGCCCGUACAAGGUGGAGCAGAUCAGACGACCAGUCAUGGUGGUGUUCCUCAUUAAAUAUCUGAUGAUGUUGAUAGUGGGGGUCCCCUCUGUGUUCUGGGUGGGGAGCAAGAAGACCUGUUUUGAAUGGGCCAGCUUCCUGCAAGGGCGCAGACGCAAAGAUAGUGGGGUAAACGAGUCUCGCCAGGUGUUGCAGGAGCAGCCAGACUUUGCCCAAUCUCUGCUGCGUGAACCAAACACUCCCAUCGUUAGGAAGUCCAGAGGAACAUCCACUCAGGGCACGUCGACCCACGCCUCAUCCACCCACUUGGCCGCCUUGGACGACCUUGAUGAACCGGUCACAACUCACCAGGGCAACCCUACAUCCACCAGGAGUAAGGCCAGCAGUGUCCACAGCAAGGGCAGCUACCACGGCAGCCUGCGCCGCGUUCGAGACGACAGGAGUGAUGCCGUGGCUUAUCGAGGCACAGAGCAGCGCAGUUUCCAUGGCAGCAUGCCACGUCUCGACCACCCGCUCUCCGCACACAGCAGCCUCCAUCAGAUAGACGGCUCGAGGCACGGCAGCCAGCGAAACAUAUCUGAGGCCCCGUCGGCCCUCAUCACCCACGGAACAACAGGAGGUGAAAGUCAAGCUUCCGAGAAGGACUGCACCAGUGCGUGAGAAGAUAUUAUUGUAAGGAUCUUGUCAACGCCUUUUAAAGGAAGACGUUCCUUUCUGCUGAUACGCGCCUGUUGUUUGGUGUCCACUUGUUUUUUUUCUCUAUGAAGGUGGAGAAUGUACCUGUGAGUCCUGUGGUGGUGAUUGUGGCCGUUAUUUUCUUAAUCAUUUACCAGCAGUGUGGCUGACACAGUUCAGUCAGUGAACUUGAGGGAUCGCUGUUAAAAAGGUUUGCUGAAAAGCUGAAGUUUACAUCAUUUUUUAAAUUUAAGUCUCUCCUGAAUGCUUGACUCAAACCGACUGAGCCAACAAGACGUUUGGUCACACUUUCAUCUCAUUCUGGUUGAGUCUGACCAGAGCUGGCACUGGACAAGAAACACUGGAAUCAACACUUUGACUUAUGUUGGUGUUAUUUCCAAAUCCAGAUUUUUCACGGAUUUACAUGGAUAAAAUGUGUUAACCCUGCCUAGUAUUGCUUUCGUAACAAUCUUAACAGAUUGGCCCAAAUUGUGGUCAUGUCUGGACCGAGACUUGACUGUUGUCAACUUUUUGUUUGCUCUUGACUGCAGCUCUUAACAAUGUUUAACUUUAUGUGGCAUCCAAGACCGAUACAUAUGGGCUUAAUGUGAAAUCGUGGACCUCUCUGUGGUUAAAUGAUUAUUUUUAUACUGUGAAAAUUGUCUUUCCGCUGCUGAAAGCUUCAUUAAGUGAAGUGUUUGAAACUUCUCCCCUCCAGUGGUGAACAGAGAAAGUAUGAUGGAGGGAGCUGAAGUAUUUGUAUAAUACAGAAUGUAAAGGUGCUGUUUCAGAGGGAGAAAGAUGCUGAUAUAAGUUGGAAUAAUGUGUUUGCAUUUAGACACAUGCUAACAUUUAUUUUAGGUCAAGCUGCCUUUUGGCCUCCGAAAAACCUUUUAAGCAUAGAGGCAUACAGAUGGAGAAGGCAGCUUUGGACAAAAGCGAGGUGACAAUUUAUCUUGAUUCUGUUCAAUCUAUGUCAUAGAAACAGAAUUUGAGUACUGAUAUGUUAGCUGAUAUCCAGAAAACUGUAACCCAAAUCCAAGUUCACAUGCAUCACGGCUGUAAAGACCAUAGUGCACUAUAAAAAAAAAACAGUGCUUUUAUUUUGAAAUCUGUCACACACACACAGAGAAGGCUGAAUGGUUGUGCUGGUGCUCAUUUCUAAUGUAAUUUACACCACUGAUCUCUAUGGACCCAAACUGCUACUGUACAGUCUUUGCAUGAUUUGUUGAACAUGGAAGCUCAGACUUACCCAAAGAGGUGCAGACUACUGGCAGUGAAACUAGAGACACGUUUGCUACAUUUUUUCAAACUCAUUGCAAAUUUGAGUCAAUGUUAGAGUAAGUGCACUGUAUAUUGUAAAUAUUUUCUAUAGUUGUUUUGUUCCUGAGACCCAAUUGACCUACCUCACCUGUAUCCUCAGCCUUCUCUCUGGCCUUUCACUGCUGCCUCAUCUGUCCGUCUGAUUUAGAUAUUUCCGUCUACACAUUUUUAGCAUCUUGUGACCAACCAUCUACUGGCAGUUGCCUGCCCUCAUCUGUUGUAUAUACUAGAUGCUCGUUCCUAACCGAUGACUAAUCUGCCUCUCCUCCUGCAAAUGUGCCCACGCUUUCCUUUUUUUGGACCUACAGCAACUGUCUGUACUCUUGCAAUUUAUGAAUAUGGACCGCUGUGCUUUUUACCUGACGUUACAAUGCCAGAUGAUAUUUUAAACAGAGCCAUUUCUGCCAUUCAUUCUUGUUAGUUUUUCCUGAGUCUGGUCAUUAAUAUAAGAAACAAGAGCUUUCCUUAAUUUCUGAUGCCAUAGUCGCUUGAAAAUAGGACAUGUUAGCAAGGAGGGUAAAAAAAAUAACGUUGUGAAUUUUUAAACUUGAGUUGUAUUUGCCUUUUAAUUUAUUUGCAGUAUGAAACUGUAAUGACUUUUACAUUCAGUCUAAUAAACAUUUUCUAGACUUCA